GAAAUGUCCCUGGUGCGGACGGGGAGAGGAGAUCCAGCCCGGGCAGCCUGCAGACCUAGCCCAGCAACACUGAGAGCAGGGGCAGGAUGGUUAUGGAUGAAAGCCAGUGGGUCCCUGAGCGCGAAGGCACCGUCUCCACCAAGCUCCUGCAGAAGGCGGGUGCGGCCCCAUUCGUGCCUGCUGGCAUUGGGGGCUUUGCCCUUGUGGUCGCUUAUGGCCUCUACAGACUGCAGGCCAGAGGAAAGAUGAAGAUGUCUGUGCACCUGAUCCACACCCGCAUGGCUGCCCAAGCCUGCGUGGUUGGAGCCAUCACGCUGGGAGCAACCUACACAGUGUACAAAGACUACCUGCUGAAACGGGCUGCAGACAGAGCCCAGAAAUAGCCCAGAGGAAGCUGCAGCGUCUGAGGGCCACAGCACAGCGAUCUUCCCUUGGCGGAACCUAGGUCCCUGCAGCCCCGCGCUCCCUGGGGCUGCUGUUGUGUAUGGAACCAAUCCUGCUUUCACGGUUUAUAAAGUUACA